GAUGUGAAGUCUACGUUCUUCCAGUUUGGAGCGUCUCUGAUGCAAGAGGCUUUACUUAUGAUGAACAUCAUGGAGGAAUAUGACUGGCACAUCUUCUCCAUAGUCACCUCUAAGUUCCCGGAGUUUAUCAGUGUUCUGCGCGUGACGGUGGACCACAGCUUUGUGCGUUGGGACCUUCAGAGUGUUGUAACGCUGGACGCUGUAGACGGAGACGCCAACUCUAAAGCUCAUAUCCAGCUGAAGAGGAUCCAGAGCCCUGUUAUUCUGCUGUACUGCUCCAAGGAAGAGGCCAGGUAUAUAUUGGAAGAGGCCCGGUCUCUGGGUCUGACUGGGUCGGGCCACAUCUGGAUCGUACCAAGUCUGACCACAGGAACCCCGACUUCACCCCAGACGUCUAUCCCCCUGGGGAUGAUCUCUGUGUCCUACAAUGAAAUGGAGUAUCCCCUGGAGAGCCGCCUUAGAGACGGAGUGGGCAUCAUUGCCACGGCAGCCGCUCGCCAUGCUAAGGGGAGAAGGGGAGGUGCCAGAACCCCCAAGGGACUGCUACAGCCAAUCAGAGAAGGGCAAGACUCGCCCAGUGCCCUGAGAGGGAACAUGAUGCACGUGACCUACGAGGAGCGUGACCUGUCGUUCACCGUAGACGGUUACCAAGCCAACCCCAAACUUUCCGUCAUUGUCCUUCAUCCAAAUAGGACAUGGGAGAAGAUGGGUCGUUGGGAGAAUGGGACCCUAUCUCUUAUGUUCCCAGUAUGGCCCAGGUAUAACUCGUGGGGAGACGAGGAGGCUGAUGAGAACCACCUGUCUAUCGUGACUCUGGAGGAGAAACCCUUCGUCGUCGUUGACAACGUAGACAUCCUGACUGGAACCUGUAUGAGGAACUCUGUUCCCUGCAGGAAACAUGUUAAGGAUAACUCUACAAAAGAUGGAGGUUCCUAUAUAAAGCAGUGUUGCAAAGGGUUCUGUAUCGACAUCCUGAAGAAGAUCGCUCGGAACGUCAAGUUCACCUUUGACCUCUACCUGGUGACCAACGGAAAACACGGCAAGAAGAUCAACAACGUCUGGAACGGCAUGGUGGGAGAGGUGAUUGAAAAGAAGGCAGCGAUGGCGGUGGGGUCGUUGACCAUCAAUGAGGAGAGGUCGGAGGUCAUAGACUUCUCUGUCCCCUUCGUGGAGACGGGCAUCAGCGUCAUGGUCGCCCGGAGCAACGGCACCGUCUCCCCCUCCGCCUUCCUCGAGCCCUCACCGUCUGUCUGGGUCAUGAUGUUUGUGAUGCUGCUACUGUCACACCAUCCUAUCUUCCUGUUUGAGUUCGUCAGUCCACUGGAUUCACACCAAGGACUUCCAGACAGCAGAGACCCCCACGGUCCAUCGUUCACCGUUGGUAAGGCAGUGUGGCUGCUGUGGGGUCUGGUGUUCAACAACUCUGUUCCGGUCCAGAACCCCAAAGGCACCACCAGUAAGUUCAUAGUGUCGGUGUGGGCCUUCUUCGCUGUCAUCUUCCUGGCCUCGUACACAGCCAACCUGGCUGCCUUCAUGAUCCAGGAGGAGUUUGUGGACCAGGUCACCGGACUGUCUGACAACAAGUUCCAGAACCCGUAUGCGUACUCCCCUCCGUUCCGUUUCGGGACGGUUCCUAAUGGUUCAACAGAGAGGAACAUCAGAAAGAAUUACCCUGACAUGCACGAGUACCUGGUGAAGUAUCACCAGGGAGGGGUGCAGGAUGCACUGGUCAGCCUCAAAGCAGGUAAACUGGAUGCCUUCAUCUAUGAUGCUGCUGUGUUGAACUACGCAGCUGGCAGAGACGAUGGCUGUAAGCUGGUCACCAUCGGCAGUGGGUACAUCUUUGCCACCACCGGCUAUGGCAUCGCUCUGCAGAAAGGGUCCCACUGGAAACGACAGGUGGACCUGGCUAUACUGGCAAUCAUAGGAGAUGGUGAGAUGGAGGAGUUGGAGGCUAUCUGGCUAACGGGGAUCUGUCACCAUGAGAAGAAUGAGGUUAUGUCCAGCCAGCUGGACAUAGACAACAUGGCCGGAGUCUUCUACAUGCUGGCUACCGCCAUGGGCCUGGCUCUCAUCACCUUCAUAUCAGAACAUCUCUUCUACUGGAGGUUGAGAUACUGUUUCACUGGAGUCUGUAACGGACAACCUGGUCUGCUCUUCACCAUCAGUAGGGGUAUCUGGUCUUGUAUCCAUGGGGGUCCAUAUAGGGUUAAAGCGAAGAAGCCUCCAGAGUUAGACUUCUCUCCUCAGGCCAACAUGUUGCACCUGCUAAUCAGCUAAGAAGAUCACCCUGUCUUCUCCUAA